GGCUGCGGAGGCUGUCCAGAAACCGCGUCCACUGCCCAGCCGCAACGAUCAGCGUCACAAGAGAGUGCGGGACCCAGAGGUUUCAGCGAAACGAAGACACGCCAGAGGAACCACACGGAUCUGCUAGUUACAUUUUGCAGAGUGGGACAUCUAUUUUUUUAGGGAGGAUGCCUCUCGUGUAACUUUGUUAACUGCAUCAUCGAAUGAGGACAUUGAUUCUUUACUUAUCAGUGGGUCCACUGGCGGAGAGUGCAAGCCAACUUACUUUGUGGUCAGUUCCCACCCAGCGGCUCGGGCACGGGCACGGACUAAUUUCUGACAACGCUGCAAAGCGAAUUUAGUCGGGAUCUGAGAGACACUUACAUCUUACCAGGGGAUUUAAAAUCAACGCAAUAAUGCGGUGGAUUUCUUGUUUGGAUAUUGUUGUGCUUUUGUCCCUUUCUGUGCUUCUCAGCCAGCUGGGAGUUGCGCACACGUUUGGAGAUGAGGAAGAAAUGACCUGCGAUCCCAUCCGAAUCUCUAUGUGUCAGGAUUUGGGAUACAAUGUAACGAAGAUGCCCAACUUGGUCGGCAACGUGCUACAGUCGGACGCAGAACUGCAACUCACAACUUUCAGCCCACUGAUUCAGUACGGGUGCUCGAGCCAACUAAAGUUUUUCCUGUGUUCUGUCUACGUCCCCAUGUGCACAGACAAAGUCCCCAUCCCUAUCGGCCCCUGCGGCAGCAUGUGCCUGUCUGUCAAGCGCAAGUGCCUGCCGGUGCUGACAGAGUUCGGCUUCGUGUGGCCCGAGGUCCUCAACUGCAGCCUGUUCCCACCCCAGAACGACCAGAACCACAUGUGCAUGGAGGGCCCGGCGGAAGACGACGGGCCGUACCACACCAUCCGGACCCACCAGCCCAUGGAGGAGGAGUGCCAGACACUGGGCUCGGUUCCAGACCAGUACGCCUGGGUCAAACGCAGCCACAGCUGUGCCCUGCAGUGCGGCUACGAUGCCGGCCUCUACCGGCGGCAGGCCAAAGUGUUCACAGAUGUGUGGAUGGCGGCGUGGGCCGUGCUCUGCUUCAUCUCCACCACCUUCACCGUGCUCACCUUCCUGGUGGACUCGUCGCGCUUCUCCUACCCCGAGAGACCGAUCAUCUUCCUGAGCAUGUGCUACAACAUCUACAGCGUGGCGUUCGUGGUGCGGCUGACGGUGGGCCGCGAGCGCAUCUCCUGCGACCUGGAGGAGGCGGCCGUGCCCAUCCUGGUCCAGGAAGGGCUGAAGAACACAGGCUGCGCCAUCGUCUUCCUCCUCAUGUACUUCUUCGGCAUGGCCAGCUCCAUCUGGUGGGUCAUCCUCACGCUCACCUGGUUCCUGGCCGCCGGGUUGAAGUGGGGCCACGAGGCCAUCGAGAUGCACAGCUCCUACUUCCACAUUGCCGCCUGGGCCAUCCCGGCUGUCAAGACCAUCGUCAUCCUCAUCAUGCGGCUGGUGGAUGCCGACGACCUGACGGGGCUCUGCUACGUGGGCAACCAGCACCUGGACGCGCUGACUGGCUUUGUGGUGGCGCCGCUCUUCACCUACCUGGUCAUCGGCACGCUCUUCAUCGGCGCAGGCCUGGUGGCGCUCUUCAAGAUCCGCUCCAACCUGCAGAAGGACGGCACCAAGACGGACAAGCUGGAGCGGCUCAUGGUGAAAAUCGGCGUCUUCUCCGUGCUCUACACCGUGCCGGCCUCCUGCGUCAUCGCCUGCUACUUCUACGAGAUCUCCAACUGGACCGACUUCAAGCAGACGGCGCGCGACUCCUACAUGGCGGCCGAGAUGCUGCGCAUCUUCAUGUCGCUGCUGGUGGGCAUCACCUCGGGCAUGUGGAUCUGGUCAGCCAAGACGCUGCACACCUGGCAGAAGUGCACCAACCGUCUGGUGACCUCAGGCAGGACAAAGAGGGCCAAGCGGGCAGGCAACGGCUGGGUCAAGCCCGUCAAGGGGAAUGAGACGGUGGUGUGAGAGAGAAGGAUAAAAUAAGAGAGAGAUAGAAGAUGGGGCCAGCAUUGGGACCUGGAGGAACAAAACCCCAAAUUAAACUGAGACAGAUGGACAGGUGUGCGUGUCUCUCUUGGGAGAUCAGGUGGUCGUGACCGACAGACGACUGAGAUGCUGGAGCAAGACACAGGACUGAGACCGAGGGGGGGUCCACGUUGAAAUGCUCAGUCGCUGGUUGUGGACUGUACGGACGCAACCUACCAGGAAGCUCUGGGAUGAACAUUUUGGACUCAUGUUGUUACUGAACUGGACUGAACUAUCUGAGUGGGAAUCACUCAUUCAGGGGAUGCCUGAGUUAGCUCCUGUGCUGUAUUCAGGGUGAGUGCGGAGCGGCUCGCCGGCUGGAGCCAGAAAGGCAAUAGGGCCACCCUGUGGCUCUGCCGCAUGGAUGAGCGUAAAGCAGCAGUGGGGGGAUUGAGCGUUCACGUAGCAGUGCCCUUUUGGCUCGGAUCUCCUAGCCUUCAUGUUGUUGAUUAAGGUGUUUUUGUGAGAUUGUUUGUACACUGGAUAGUCAAAGCGCUGAAGACUUGCAGAUGACUAUGCUAAAUAAAUCCAGUGCAGCUUAACUGAGAAGAAAAAAAUGCACUAUUAAAUAUUUCUAUGGAAAUGGUUAUUACAGUAGAAGUGCCUUGGUCAUGAUUACUUUUGGUGUAGUCAGAAAUAUCUUGUUCAAACUGUGGUAAUUGUGGUGACACAAGGGCACCUGGGAAAUGUAGGCCUUUCACUACUCUGCAAAUGGGACACUUUUACCUCUUGUUUUGUCACAGGGCUCACCCUGAUGAUUAUCAUUGCUCCAGAGCUUCUCAGUUUAGGCUGUGCUCCUAAAACCCCCUAUAAAGAAUGAUGAACUUUUAUUUUCUGUAUUCUCCAAUGUAAAUUUAUAAUUUUUAGUCUUCAGAUAGUCUUAUGAAAAAGACAAGUAAAUCAGCUUCCAUGACAUGGUUCCUGUAAAACAGACCAACACACGCAUAUACAUAAAACUACAUAAGCAAACAAAAUACACGGACAUACACCCACACUCUCCCAGAGAGAGUGGGCAAGGCAGCAGGUCUUUAGUCAUUAUAAUGAAUUCCCACCAAGUGUGACUUAAGCAAAUGAGUUCUCUAGGCUUAACACGAGUAGAUUAAACAGAUUUUGUUUUAUGUUCAGCCAACCAACCUCUCACCUCCAAGUGGCUAGACAAUCUAAAGGGGCUUCCAUUGCCCCUAUGAAGUUAUGAAUGUAGAAGAAAUUUAUUUUUGCAUUUCUAAAAGUGCCUAGGACAACUAUGCUGUUAGAAGAAGCAAAGCCCGAGACACUAUGAAGUACUUUUUACAGUGGAUUUGUAAAGGAACAGGUAUUUUUUGUUAUUAAUGUAUUAUAAAAUGCUAAUUUAUCUUUGUACAAACUCCAAAAUACUAAAAAAAAAAGUUUGUUAUUUAAGAAUGCUUUUGUAUCAGAAGAUGAGAAAUUAAACUUUGGUGUUAAACCUAA